CGUUGGACGUUGGCAAAAUUCGUAAGGAAGAAGAAGCAGUCUUACGAAGUAGGAAGAUUGUGAGCCGCCUCAGAGACCGAGAGAGCAAAGCAAGAGCUUCACCGGCCUCAGUUGUUUCGCCGCACUCUUUCUUCUGGGUUUAAGCAGAUAUAGGUAUCAGGGUGGGAAGGUGGACAUGGAUAUCACGAGAAAGAGUAAAAAGAAGAAAUUGGUGAAGGAAGGCGGGAAGGAUGAGAAGCGUGGGGUUUGCUACUUGGGUCGGAUUCCUCCUCGCAUGGAUCCUUCAACACUUCGUCAGAUGCUCUCUCAGUUUGGAGAGAUACAAAGGGUUUAUCUUACACCUCAAGACCCUUCUGCUCAAGUACAUAACAUCCGAGCUGGUAAAUUUCAAAGGCAAAACUUUUCAGAAGGGUGGGUUGAAUUUUCUGACAAAAGGGUUGCUAAGAGAGUUGCUAAUAUGUUAAAUGGUGAACAAAUAGGUGGGAGGAAGAGGUCAUCUUUCUACUAUGAUCUUUGGAAUAUCAAGUAUUUAAGUAAAUUCAAGUGGGAUGAUCUUACUGAAGAGAUUGCUUACAAGAAAGCCACUCGGGAGCAAAAACUAGCUUUAGAAAUAUCUGCUGCUAAGAGGGAGCGGGAUUUCUAUCUCUCUAAAGUUGAUAAGUCCCGUGCCUUGAGUUGCAUAGAAGAAAGAUUGAAAAAGAAGCAAAAGGUCGAAGAAGAUCCAGGACUAAAGCAAAAGGCCGAAGAAGAUCUAGGACUAAAGCAAAAGGCUGAAGAAGAUCCAGGACUAAAGCCAAAGGCCGAAGAAGAUCCAGAAAACAAGCCUGAUCUCCCUGUUAGCCAGCCAAAACGGGAGGUAAUUCGCCGGUUCCGACAGAAGACACCUGUUGCAGAUAAUGCUGCUGAAAUCAGACCUCGGCUCUCGAAAGAUAUACUUGCAGGGGUAUUUGGUGGUUCUUAUUGCCCAACUUUUUAAUGAUUGGCAUACUUAAAGUGGAGCUGCUGUAAACCAAGGACAUCGUCUGGAUCUCCGGAGUGCCUGCCUGUGUUUGAGAUUUGAGUGGUCUUUCCCAAUUUUGUCACUGAUCUAGCUGGAACUAAUCCGUGUAUGGUUUGAACCAGGAUCACAAAAUCACACAAUAUGAACCGUGUGAAAGAUACUUGUAUCUGUAUUUAUUUUAUAUGAUAAGUUGCUUUUCAUUUGAGUUAUAUGGACAAAUCAUAUAAAGGACCUUUUCAUGGUUGAUGUUCCUCA